GUGGCUCACACUGCCAGCAUGAGCUUCCCUCUCCUCACACGAAGCGCCUUGCUAACUGAACCGCCUCGCCGGGGCGCGAUAGAUAGCCGGCGCCUUCGGCAUCGAUCCAAGCGCUCCGUCUCACCCACCUUCCCUCUCUGGCUCUCUCCUCCAUCGAUCUAUCCGGUGUUCCAUUCCAUUUCAGUAGGCAGCUCGCUCGCUCGAAACGCACUGACGGAGCGGCAGCCGCAGUCGGAGAAGAAGGCGGCGAGGGCGAGGCCGAUGUCGGCCAAGGCCGUCGUCGUGCUGUGCGCCACGAGCUUCUUCGUGGGGAUGCUGCUCAGCGGCCGGAUGACGCUGCUGGUGCCGCCGACGGGCGGCGACGGCGAGGUGUCCUCCGGCCAUGGCUCCAGGCUCUCCCUCUUCUCCGACGACUGCGAGCACCGGCGCAAACUGGACGAGGGCAACCCGAACGAUAUCAUGAACGAGGUGUCAAGAACUCACCAGGCAAUUCAGUCGUUGGACAAGUCGGUGUCGUCGCUGGAGAUGGAGCUGGCGGUGGAGCGCGCGAAGCAGAACGGCGGGCUGGGCGCGGCGGUGCCGUCCAAGGGGCGCCUCCCCAAGGCGCUGGUGGUGGUCGGGAUCAACACGGCGUUCAGCAGCAAGAAGCGGCGCGACUCGCUGCGCGACACGUGGGUCCCGAGGGGCGACGGGCUGCGCCGGCUGGAGGAGGAGAAGGGCGUCGUGGUGCGGUUCGUCAUCGGCCACAGCGCCACCCCCGGCGGCGCCCUGGACCGCGCCAUCGACGUGGAGGACGCCGAGACCCGGGACUUCAUGCGGCUCGACCACGUCGAGGGCUACCACGAGCUCUCCUCCAAGACCCGGACCUACUUCACCGCCGCCGUCGCCACCUGGGACGCCGACUUCUACGUCAAGGUCGACGACGACGUCCACGUCAACCUAGGGAUGCUGGCGAGCAGGCUGGCCAGGUACAGGACGAGGCCGAGGGUAUACGUGGGCUGCAUGAAGUCCGGCCCGGUUCUGUCACAGAAGGGGGUGAAGUACCACGAGCCGGAGUACUGGAAGUUCGGCGACGAGGGGAACCGGUACUUCCGGCACGCCACCGGCCAGAUCUACGCCAUCUCCAAGGACCUCGCCUCGUACAUCUCCAUCAACCAGCCGAUACUGCACCGGUUCGCGAACGAGGACGUGUCGCUGGGGGCGUGGAUGAUCGGGCUGGAGGUGGAGCACGUCGACGACCGGAGCCUGUGCUGCGCGACGCCGCCGGACUGCGAGUGGAAGAAGCAGGCCGGGAACGUGUGCGCGGCGUCCUUCGACUGGUCCUGCAGCGGCAUCUGCAAGUCCGUCGACCGGAUGAGGGCCAUCCACAGCGCCUGCGGCGAGGGCGACGCCGCCGUCUCGACCUUCUCCGCCGCCGCCGCCGCCGCCGCAUGAUAUUCGUAGGUCUCAUUAUCACAUCGCUCGCUUCGCUGCGGCUGCAGAGCUAGACCACAACGCAGGCCACAGCUCUAUAGCACGCUAUAUAUUUUACGGGGGUUGCCUCCACAGUUUAUCCUUGUGUUUAUGUGGAUCUCAUAAUUGAAAAUGGACUAAUCAUUCGUUGGAUCUUGAAA